GACUGGGAGCAGCCUGUAGUGACUGGGUGGCAGUGGGACUUGCUGGGAGGGGAAGAGGAGAGCGUCUGCCUGUCCAUCCACCCGCCAGAUCCCUGCCUGCGCAGCCGCUGACUUAAAAUGGCAGAAGGAGCAAAGGUGUUCAAGAAGACCAGCCCCAACAGCAAGCUAUCCAUCUACUUGGGGAAGAGAGACUUUGUGGAUCACGUGGAGUCAGUGGACUCCGUGGAUGGCAUCUGCCUGAUUGACCCAGAGUACCUAAAGGACAGAAAAGUGUAUGUGACGCUGACUUGUGCGUUUCGCUACGGCCGAGAUGACCUCGACGUUAUCGGGUUGACCUUCAGGAAGGACCUCUAUGUCCUGACCACCCAGAUCUUCCCACCGGUGCCGGACCAGACACCCAAAACCCUCACUCCUUUGCAGGAGAAGCUGAUGAAGAAGCUCGGGGAGAAUGCCUACCCCUUCACCUUCGAGGUAAGGGCUGCUCAGCCCUUCCUGACCACACACCUCCGUGGUGUGCACCAGGGCUCAUCUCUGGGCACGUUCUUCAUUUAUUUUUUUUCUCUCUUUCCCUGUUCUGCCCAGAUUGCCACCAACCUGCCCUGUUCGGUCACCCUCCAGCCGGGACCAGACGAUGUGGGAAAGGCCUGCGGCGUGGACUUCGAGGUCAAAGGAUUUUGUGCUGAAAAUCUGGAGGAGAAAAUUCACAAGAGGAACUCGGUGCGCCUCAUCAUCCGCAAGAUCCAGUUUGCACCCCUGAUGAUGGGGCCAGCCCCAAAGUCGGAGACCACCCGGCAGUUCAUGAUGUCCGACAAGCCCCUGCACCUCGAAGCCUCCCUGGAUAAGGAGAUCUACUACCACGGAGACCCCAUCAAUGUGACCGUCAACAUCAACAACACCACCAACAAGAUCGUGAAAAAAAUUAAGCUCUCAGUUGAUCAGAUCACAGAUGUGGUCCUCUAUUCGCUGGAUAAAUACACGAAGACUGUGUGCACCGAGGAGAUAAACGAGAACGUGGCAGCCAACUCCACCUUCUCCAAAACGUACUCCAUCACCCCCACGCUCUCGGCCAACCGUGAGAAGCGAGGCCUUGCUCUCGACGGCAAGCUCAAGCACGAGGACACCAACCUGGCUUCCACCACCAUCCUGAGACCCGGCAUGGACAAGGAGGUGCUGGGCAUCCUGGUGUCCUACAAAGUGAAGGUCAACCUGGUGGUGUCCCGAGGAGGCAUCCUGGGGGAUCUCACUGCCAGCGACGUUGGAGUCGAGCUGCCUGUCAUCCUGAUGCACCCGAAGCCUGCGGACGAUAAGCCAAGCGAGGAGGACAUCGUCAUCGAGGAAUUCGCUCGCCAGAAACUCAAGGGGGAGAAAGACGACGACGAGGAGGAGGCCAACAAAGAGGAAAGCUAACCUGGCUGCCUGUUCGCACGGAUGGCCACCGGGUCCCACGCGCCCCGGUUUGGGACGUAGAUGCCCGUAGCGCGUUCCCCGCUGUCCCGCACGCGGUGCAGACACCUCAGCCCUCUACGCGCGGUGCGAUGUAUUCCCUUAGGGUACACCUUCCUCCCCCCUCCCCGGGCUCCUCGCACCGACUCCAAGACCCCGGUUGCGGCGGAAAGCCCGACUGCCUGCAGGACGGUGCUCCCACCUCCUCGCACCCACGGGUGCCAGCGAGGGGACGGGGAGGGUGCCGUCGCCAGCGUGUUUGUCGUUUGCCUGCGUUACGCGAUACUCUGUGACACCGUUAUCAAUAAACCCGCCCCAGCGGGCCCGGUGCA